AUGACGAAGACACCUGAGGCACAAUUGGAUGAUGCAAAGCAAUUAGGAUUUGAUAAAUUGUAUGAACAAAUAUUUUCGAAGGAUGGAAAAUCUGAUAAAUAUAAUAAGCAUUGUGAUGUAUUUAAUGGAAAAGAUAAGGAAGGAGUGAAAAAACUUUGCACUAAGUUUGUAUAUUUUUUAGAAAAAAUAGCUGAAAUAAAGGAAUAUUAUGAACGUGGUGAUCAUUGCAAUUACAUGCAUUAUUGGUUAUAUGAUGAAAUAGGAAAAAUACAUAAUAAAGAACAAUCCAAAACGUUUGGUAAUCUCUCUUCGUCUAAAGAAUUCAUUGAAGUAUCGAAGAAGGUUAAUAAAGAAAUUAAUAGAUAUACUACUUGUACUAUAAAACCUGAAAAUGAUGUUCGAUUAGAUGAACUGAUAAAAAGGAAAUUAUCAUUUAUUUACUUAAAAAAAUUUAAUGAUAUUAAGAAAAUUAUCGAAUCCCAAGGUCAAAAUAAAUGUAAGUAUAAGACAUAUCUUACUAAUAUUAGUCCAUUAUAUAAAAAGUAUAAGGAAGAAAAAUGUAAAAAUUUAGGGAUUUUUGGUUCUGGUCCAAAUUACGCUGAUUGUUCUUCUACUUCUAAGUAUGAUCCAAAUAAACUAAUACCUAAAUUAAAUGAUUGUAAAGGUAACGAAGCUACCGGAAGUGGUAAUAGAGGUACUGGAUCAUGGUUUUUUGGUUUGCUUGGUUCAUCAGAUGGAUCCUCUAAAGAAAAUAGGGAAAGCGGUGCUUCAAGAGUUGCAAAGCCUACUGCUCAAGGGGGGGAUAAAAGAGCACAAGAUGCUCCAAAAACUUUAUCAGGUUCACCAGGCCCACAAAGUUUAACAUUGUCAACAAGUGCAAGAGGUUCAGGAAUUAAACCAGCUGGAGCAGGAGCAGAUAAAGGGAGUAUAAGUGGACCAUCUGCCAAUUUGAAACCCGGAACAUCAAUGAGUCCGCAAACAAAAGAAAUUCCUGUGCACGGUAUUCCUUCAGUGCCUCCUUCUUCUGAGAUUGUAAGAGACGCUGUAGCUCUGCCCAUUGCUGAAUCCCCUAGUACUUCAGGAACAGUGAAUGAAAAGUUAGAUUCAAGCUUUUAUCGCAACAUCAUCAUGGGGGUAGCAAUACUCGGAACAAUUUUCUUCCUUUUCUAUUACAACAUGGUAAAUGCGCAUUCGAUUUUAUUUCCCAAAAGAAAACGAAAGAAAAAAAUAUUCGAGCGUAAUUAUUACGAAGAGUAUGAAAAAGAGUUUGAGAAGUAUGAUUCAGAAAAUGAGUCUUUAGAUUCUCAAUCGGAUCGGUAUUAUUUGAAUUAUCAAGCUGAAGGAGAUUACGAGGUUCAGGGUUCAGGGUUUCAGGUUUAG